CGCGCCGCCGCCGCCGCCGCCGCCAUGGCCGCGAUGUUCCGCGCCCGCCGCCUGCUCCGCCUCGCCCGCCCCGCGCUGCUGCCGCCGCCCGCCCGCGGCUACGCCGAGCCCGCCGCGGGCCCCGCCGCCAUGGCCUUCACCUUCGCCUCGCCCACGCAGGUGUUCUACAACGGCGCCAACGUGAAGCAGGUGGACGUGCCCACGCUGACUGGCUCCUUUGGCAUCCUGGCAUCCCACGUCCCCACGCUGCAGGUGCUCCGGCCAGGCGUGGUCACGGUCUACGCCGAGGACGGGACGGCCACCAAGUACUUUGUGAGCAGCGGCUCCGUCACCGUCAACGCCGACUCCACGGUGCAGGUGCUGGCAGAGGAGGCAGUGACCAUGGACAUGCUGGACCUGGCCACUGCGAAAUCCAACCUGGAGAAGGCCGUGUCAGAAGUGGCUGCAGCGUCCGACGAAGCUGCUAAAGCAGAAGCUCAGAUUAAGGUAGAAGCCAACGAAGCCCUGGUGAAGGCUCUGGAGUGAUUCAGGAAUCCCACCGUGGGUGCAGAACUCCCAGCCUGUCCCUGUCCUGCUCCCCAGCUGCACAGAUGGAGUGGGGCGAAUGGAGGUGGAGAAACCGUUCUCAUCAAUUAAAAGGAAAUGCAACCCCC